AUAGGCAAGUGCUAUAAAUAGUAAUUGAAUGGAAAGAUGACCAUUUCACCCAUAGAUAGUAAGUGUUAAAGUAAUCACUGAUCAUUAAAAGUAUAGUAGUAUAACAUAAUGUCGAUUACAAAUAUAUUAUCUCAAAAAGGAAAGAAAAUUAGCGAGGGAGGGAAUGAAGAGUGAAUAUUAUUAUAUUGUAUCUAUGAACUAAAUUAAAUCUGCUAAAAACUAAAAAACUAAAAAUGAAUUCAAAGAAUAAGUUACAAUUGACUGUGAUCAUGGACUUAGUCCUUCUAAUGUUUAUGGUCUUUUAAAAUUUUUCAUUUGAGUGUCUCUAAAGUAGAUGUGCAUGGAAGGAGGUGAGUAACAUGGAAACCAAUCAUGAAACACCCUAAGAAGCCUGAAUAUGUCAUGGCUGAGAAGACUGGAAGUUAUAUGCUCACCAGUGUGAAUAAGAUGGGGGAAACACAUCAUAAAAAAUUAUGAAUUUCAAAAUUAUAUAGCACCAAAUAACAUUUUCUUUUAAUUCUGUUCAUUGUAUCAACCUUCGAGUUACUCUUGAACUACAUCUAUGACUAGUAGAUUUGAAAACAUAUACAGAGUGCUGGAUGCCUGUUUAUCUGUUUCCUUUUACCAACACUAUUUUCUUUUCCAGAAGGAAUGCAGGUUAUAUUGAAACACAAAAUCUUACACGUGUCUCAGAAUUCCAUCUCUUGGGAUUCUCGGAGGAUCCAGACCUACAGCUCCUCAUUUUCGUGCUGUUCCUGUUCAUGUACCUGGUCACAGUGCUUGGGAAUCUGCUCAUCAUCCUGGCUGUCAGCUCAGACUCCCACCUCCACACCCCCAUGUACUUCUUCCUCUGCAACCUAUCCUUGGCUGAUGUGGGUCUCACCUCCACCACGGUUCCCAAGGUGAUUGUGGACAUCCACACUCACAGCAUAGUCAUCUCCUAUGUGGGCUGCCUGACACAGAUGUCUUUUUCCAUCACCUUUGGAUGCAUGGAUGAUUUGAUUCUGACAGUGAUGGCCUAUGACAGGUUUGUUGCCAUCUGCCACCCUCUUCAUUACCAGGUCAUCAUGAACCCCCAACGCUGCGGUUUCUUAGUUUCAGUGUCGGUUGUGGCCAGCCUUUUGGAUUCCCUGCUGCACAGUUUGAUGGUUUUGCAAGUUACCUGCUUCAAGGAUGUUGAAAUUUCCAGUUUCUUCUGUGACCCUUCUCAGCUUCUCAACCUCACCUGCCUUGACAUGAUCACCCAUGACAUAUUCAUAUGUUUUGUUGGUGUCGUAUAUGCUUUUCUCCCUAUGUCAGCACUCUUCUUCUCUUAUUAUAAAAUCAUUUCCUCCAUUCUGAGGGUCCCAUCAGCAGGUGGGAAGUACAAAGCCUUCUCCACCUGUGGCUCUCAUCUGACAGUUGUUUGCUUAUUUUAUGGAACAGCUAUUGGGGUGUAUCUUAGUUCAGCAGCCUCACUUUCUCCAAAGACGUGUGCAGUGGCCUCGAUGGUGUACAGUGUGGUCACCCCCAUGCUCAACCCCUUUAUCUACAGCCUGAGGAACAUGGACAUCAAGAGGGCCAUCUGGAGGCUCCUCAGCAACACAGUCUCUGUGCCGUGCAUUUGAGUACUGGUUGGAAAAGCAGCAAAGCUUAGUUCUAGAACUACACAUCUCACCUCCCUCAUUCCAUGGUAUU